UCUUCUUGUACUUUCACUCACUGAGUCAAUGAAGAGGUAUUCUGUUAAACUGGAUUUCCCAGGUAUUUGGGAUACUCUGAAGCUGUGGUGGGCUCUAAAGUUCCAGUCCUCUUCAAAGUAUUCUUGACUGGCACACAGACAGCUCAUUAAUAAAUGAUUCAUGGAACUUGGGUUUUUCAACAGCCAAGAUGGAAUUUGAACUCUCAUGAUCUCAACUGUGAAGUGAAAUAACAGUAGUCCGGCUGUCCAGAGCUGCAGUGACCAUGGAAGCAGAAAAUGUGGAUGCCAGCUUGUCCCAGGAAUCUCAAAGCCAGUCUCAUUCAAUAUUUUGUUUCUGACUGGUCUCCUUUACAUGAUGCUUCCAUCCAUGGGUGUUUGCUCACUCUGAAGAAACUCAUCAAUCAGGGGACCAGCGUGAACAUCCUGACAGCUGACCAUGUAUCUCCUCUUCAUGAAGCAUGUUUAGGGGGACAUUCUGCUUGCGCUAAUGUCUUAUUAAAACAUGGGGCCCAUGUAAAUGGAGCUACUGUUGACUGGAACACGCCUUUAUUCAAUGCUUGUGUCAGUGGCAGCACAGAGUGCUUGAACCUAUUACUACAACAUGGAGCCAGCCCACAUGCUGUGUGUGAUUUGGCAUCACCUAUUCAUGAAGCUGCUAAAAGAGGCCAUGUCAAAUGUGUGGAGUCUCUUGUGUCCAAUGGAGUCAAUAUCAAUCACAGUAUCAAGCAUCUUGGUACCCCACUCUAUGUCGCUUGUGAACAUCAGCAAGUGGACUGUGCCAAAAAAUUACUUGAGACAGGAGCAAGUGCAAAUGACGGGAAAGGAUUGGAGUCCCCUCUUCAUGUGGCUGCUCAAAAUGCCAGUGCUGAGCUGGUGCAUUUGCUCAUUGACUUUGGAGCAGACACAAGUGCCUUGAAUGCCGAGGGCAAAAAGCCAACAGACCUGGUUCCACCAAACAGUCCAUUAGCACAGAGAUUUCCACAGAGAGAAGGGCCCUUGUCCUUGAUGCAGUUGUGUCGCCUGUGCAUAAGGAGGUGCUUGGGAUCCAAACAACAACAUGGAAUAAGUCAGCUUCUGUUACCAGAUGAGCUGAAACGGUUUCUCUUAUAUCUUUAAACCUUUUGUGUUUACCGUGAUAUUAUUAAACAUUGUUUCUUGUG